UAAAAACUACAAUUAAGAUGUAAACAUGAAAACAAUCGGCCGUAUCAACAUGUGAUAACACUAUCACGACCAUUUACCACCAGAAUGCUCGUUUAAUCUUAGUUGUGAACACAAGUUCUGAUAAAACAGGAUGACUACCUACUUCUCAUACCCUGACCCUGAGCUCCAGGAGGAGUUAAAAAAGACUGCUGAAGCAAUCGUCGCGCCCGGUAAAGGCAUCCUGGCCGUCGAUGAAGCAAAUGAGGGUAUUGGAAAGCUCCUGGCUGCGAUCGGUUUAGAGAACACGGAAACCAACAGGAGGAGAUACCGCCAGCUGCUUUUUACUUCAGAUGUCGCAUUAUCCGAUCACAUCUCAGCAGUGAUACUCUUCGACGAGACGGUAUACCAGAAGACAGAUGAGGGCACACUAUUCCUCGAACUGUUGAAGAAGAAGAACAUAAUACCUGGCAUUAAAGUAGAUAGAGAUGUUGGGCCGUUGUUCUGUUCUGAAGACGAGGUUACUACACAAGGUCUCGAUGACUUAGCCCAAAGAUGUGCUGAAUAUAAAAAACAAGGAUGCCGUUUUGCGAAAUGGCGCUGUCCUCUCAAAAUCAGUGACAACACUCCAUCAGUGCAAGCGAUCAACGACAUGGCUCAAGUGUUAGCACGAUACGCUUCCAUUUGCCAAAGUCAGGGUUUAGUUCCUAUCGUAGAGCCUGACGUUUUAUUGGAUGGUAAUCACGAUAUAAUCAGAACGCAGAAAGUGACAGAAGCUGCCUUAGCUGCUUUGUACAAGGCUUUGAAUGACCACCACGUAUUCUUGGAAGGCACUUUGAUAAAGCCGAAUAUGGUAACACCAGGUCAAGGAUGUUCUAAACGAAACACCCCGGAGGAGAUUGCAGUUGCAACUGUCACCGCACUUCUUAGAGGAGUCCCUGCAGCUGUUCCAGGAAUAGUAUUUCUCUCUGGUGGGCAGUCCGAAGAAGAAGCCACGUUGAACUUGAAUGCAAUUAACCAGGUGGCUUCGAAAAAGCCUUGGGUACUAACAUUCAGUUACGGACGAGCUCUCCAAGCGUCUGUUUGGAAGAUCUGGGCUGGAAAGGACGAGAACGUUGCCAAAGCUCAGCAAGAAUUAAUCAAAAGGGCUAAGGCGAAUGGACUAGCAUCUCUUGGGAAGUAUAAAGCUGGAGCGAUAGAGUCAGCGGCUGCCGAUAAAUCGAACUACAGUGCUAACCACAAAUAUUAAACGAAUCUAAAAUUCA